AUGAGAAUGAAACACUUGUCAGAUUGCAAGGCAAAUUAGAAGAGCUCCCAGAGUUCUUAAAUAGUUCGGAAUUAGAUCUGCAAGAAGCAAUGCGAGACGGCUCCCGACUAUUUUCUGAAAUCCGAAAAUUUGACUUUACGUUGGAUAAAUAUCAGACACAAAAGUUUCGGUCUGAUGACGCCAUAUUAAAGUUGGCACAGGACCAUCUAAUAACUGACAAGGCAACAUCUUACCGCUUAAAACUAUUGAAUAAGUUACAAGAGCGACGACGUAGGGUCGAUUUAUCGUUAUCAAAAGUUCAAAAUCAAAUGGCGUCAUCAAUGCUUGAGGUCGAGAAACUUAGAAGUGUUGUUUUUAAUGCAAGAACACAUAAUGAUUGUACGAAGUCAAAAUUAAAUAAUUCUCAAAAUAAAUCUUGUAUACUGCAAAAUGAUUUGAAAACUAUGCACACUCAAAUUGAAAUUAAAAUGAAAAUGAUAGAAAAACUAAACUACAAAAUAGAACAAACGAAAUAUUUGGGUAAUGCAUCUGGAAAUCCCACAGAUUUAAAGAUCAAACAAAUCGAGAAAUCUAUUCACACUGGAGAGCUGCAAAUUCGAGAGCAUCAACAGUUUUGGAUUAUGUUGCAGAAUCACUUUGUUAAUUUGUCCCAAAAAAGAAGCAACCAGCUAAUCGAAAUUCAAGUUACUCGUAAACAGCUAUCUAUUAUUAAGCAAAAGUCUCUUAAAAUCGAUCAAGAGCUGCAGGUAUCGCAAAAAAAAACCAAGGACUUACAAAUAUUUAUUCAAAACUUUACAUCAAAAUUGGAGCUUCUAAAUGACAAAAUAUACAAAAAACGGGUACAUCAUGAUUUUCAGGAGACUGAGUUCGAGCACGAACAGUCUGAGCAUACCCAAAAACUGAAGUUGGCUGAGCGCGGAAUAUUGAAGACGGAAGGAACCAUUAAUGAUCUACAAAACGAAAUUGAGCUUUACAAAUAUCUCGUUGUAGAUAACCAUAGGGAAACGUUAUCGUGGGAAACAAAAUAUAAAUUAAUUGAAGAAACUAUUCAAUGGUUGAAAUUACAGCGAUCUGUAAAUGGUGAAAUCGGGGUAAUGAAAACUGAAAUACAUCGUAUGAAUAUUAGAUAUGGUCAACUUAAACGGGCACAAGAGAGACUUGUCUUAGAUCUAGAACAUUGCGUUAUGCAUCGCGAACAAAUUUUUGUCAACGCUUCAGUUAAAGAACACGUACAAACAAAAAUUAAAAAAUGUAAAAACACCACUCAGAUUCAGGUGAGACUUGAUGAAGUUCAUAACAGGGCAAAAAUAAUACGAAAUGAAAUAAAAUUUUUAUCGGAAAAACGCCUAAUCGAUGAUGUCAAUAAAAUUGAGCGUAUGAUUUAUAUGUUACGUAGAAUACAAACAGAUCUUAAAGAUGUCAUAAAAGAUGACGCCAGCAUCCAAGAUCGAAUAGAAGAAGGCAUUUUAGCUAAGCAUGCCAAUUUGGAGCAAAUAGUACGGAAACAGAUCAAAGCAAAGGCUUAUCGAAGACUUAAUAUAUUAACUAUACAACAAAAAAUAGUUCGAUCAGAGAAGACAUAUCAACUGGUAAUACAAAAGCAAAGCGAGCUGAACGACACCCUUAUGGAAAUUAACCAAACUCUAUUAAUAGACUUUCCUGAUAAAAAAACGUAUUUUUCAAAAAUAUUUCAUGUUCUUAAGGAAUAACAGUAUUAACGUAUUAUAAAAAAAAAAUCCUUAAAAUUAUUAGUUCUUCAAUGAAAUAAAUGUUACUUAAAUAUUCAA